AUGUUGGCGCUCCAGGCCGUCAUCGGCCUGGCGCUGCUGCUGCCGCGCGCCGCGUCCGCGCCGGUCGCCAAGCUGCUAACCGCGGCGAGUGGCAACGCGGCCGCCAAGUCGGCGGUGCUGACCGUGGCCGGCGCGGUGGGCGCCAUGACCGUCUCCUCGCUGAUCCAGCUCUAUGGCGUGAUGGAGUCCCUGAAAAAGGGAUCCCAGUACGGGGACAGGGCGCUGGCCCUCAACGUUGAGGAGCUGCGGGCCCUCCUGGCGCUGGUGCUGGGCGUGUCCAACCUGGCGCUGCUGUUCCUGUCGCGCGCCCUGGCCGCGGAGCAGCUGGCGGCCGACAAAGCCAAGCUGAACCUGGAGGUGCUGCAGAGGCAGGCCAAGGGCCUACAAGCCGAGUACACCCGGGCCACGUCCAGCAAGGCGGCCGGCGGCGGCGGUGACGGCGGCGGCGGCGACGAGGCCGCGCGGCUGCGCGGGCAGGUGGACGCGUUGAUUCGCGAGAAGGCGGCUCUGCAGGCGGCGGCGGACGAGGCGGCGGCGGCGAGGAGGGGGGCGCAGGCGCAGGUCGAAGCGAUGAGGGAUCAGAGCAAGGGGCUGGAGCGCGAGUAUGACCGGCUGCUGGCAGAGCACGACCGCCUGCGCCGUGACUACGACCAGGCAACGGGCGGCCGCAUCGGGGGCGGUGGCAAAAAGGCAGAGUGA